GUGUCGGGGGUUGAGUACGGUUAGUCACCGCCCUGAUUCAAGUCGCGUGCGACAGUGAUACAAAAGUUUUAAAAAAAAUAAAUAAACAAGUUUCAAACGGACGUUAGCUUUUUGUUAUCUGCUUGGUAUUUGGUUAAUUUUGGGAAACAAAUUUUGGGGCUUUUGACUUAUUAUUGCCAGGAUAAGACACAACAUGGACGGUCCCGUUGGACCAUCUCCAUGUAAGCUGAGCAGCGGACGCGAGGAGUCACAAGACACGCACACAGCGAGGCUGGACGCGCGGGAAGCGAGCGAUGGCAGCUGUCAAUCCAACUGUCAGUGUGACAAGACGCAAGGCGAAGUCAAAAUAAGGAGCAAGAGGUACGGCAGGGGCGCUGUGGAGUCAGGUUUAACACACGAAUGCGGUGUGUUCGGGGCCAUAGGCACCGGUGAUUGGCCCACACAGGUGGACGUCGCACAGGUUAUAUGCUUAGGACUUGUGGCGUUACAACACAGGGGUCAAGAGUCGGCAGGGAUCGUGACGUCAGAGGGCAAGAGUGCACGGACCUUCAAUUCCCAUAAGGGCAUGGGUCUGAUCAACAAUAUCUUCAAUGAUGAAGCCAUGAGGAAGUUGAAGGGAAACCUUGGCAUAGGGCAUACCAGGUAUUCGACGUCGGCAGCGUCCGAGGAAGUGAACUGCCAGCCGUUCGUGGUGCACACGGCGCAUGGCGCGCUGGCUGUCGCGCACAACGGAGAGCUUGUCAACUGCAGCAGCCUUAGGAAAAUGGUGCUAGGUAGAGGUGUAGGACUGUCCACACAUUCAGACUCUGAGCUGAUCACACAGGCAUUGUGUCUGAACCCACCUGAGGGGGAGACCAAUGGACCCGACUGGCCUGCUAGAAUCAACAACCUUAUGAGGUUGGCACCUCUCAGUUACUCGUUAGUUAUAAUGUUGAAGGAUAAAAUCUACGCAGUACGAGACCCGUACGGCAACAGGCCGCUGUGUCUCGGCAAAAUAUUACCUUUGGGAUCAUCGUAUGUCUACAAACAAUCGUCGGCGCAGCAUGCAGCUGUUUUAACAAAUGGUAUAGCUAAGAAUGGAGUGGACGACAAAGCUGAGGGCUGGGUUGUCUCCUCGGAGUCAUGCGGUUUCCUCUCAAUAGGCGCUCGGUACGUGCGCGAGGUGUUGCCGGGGGAGAUAGUGGAGAUGUCGCGGCGCGGCAUCCGCACUGUGGCGGUGGUGGAGCGCCCGCCUGACAAGCAGCAGGCUUUCUGCAUCUUCGAAUACGUAUACUUCGCCAGAGCUGAUAGUAUAUUUGAAGGUCAAAUGGUGUACUCAGCGCGGCUGCAGUGCGGGCGCAUGUUGGCGCGCGAGUCUCCUGUGGACGCGGACAUCGUGUCCUCCGUGCCCGAGUCCGGUACUGCCGCCGCGCACGGGUACGCCCGCCAGUCCGGUAUACCAUUCAUGGAGGUAUUGUGCAAGAACCGGUACGUGGGGCGCACCUUCAUCCAGCCAUCAACACGACUGCGUCAGCUGGGCGUGGCCAAGAAGUUCGGCGCGCUGUCAGAGAACGUGCGCGGGAAACGUAUCGUCUUGAUUGACGACUCCAUUGUCAGAGGAAACACUAUCGGACCUAUUAUAAAGUUGCUGAGAGACGCCGGCGCUGCUGAGGUUCACAUAAGGAUAGCGUCGCCGCCGCUCAAGUACCCGUGCUAUAUGGGCAUCAACAUUCCCACCAGAGAGGAGCUCAUCGCCAACAAAAUGGACUCCUUCAAGUUGGCCGAGCAUGUUGGUGCAGACAGCCUGGAGUACCUCAGUGUGGAAGGUCUGGUGAGCGCGGUGCACUACAACAUGAAGACCUGUGCGGAGACUGGUCUGGGCGGCCACUGCACCGCCUGUCUCACAGGAGAGUACCCUGGUGGACUGCCAGAUGAUGUAGACUGGUGAAACAUAUCACUUAAUUGCUUAGACCACUUUAUGACUCUAAAACUCCUUUUCCACUACCCAAGACUGGCAUCUGAAGUAGAUAUAAUGGUCGUUUAAUAGGUCAAGUAGUGGAAAAGGGGUUUAAAAUAUCCUGCAUACUGUCAUAUUAUAUAUUUUUUCAGCUUUUUGCCUUUGUAGGAAGUCAUAAUUUGGUUGGUAAAUAUAAUGUUGGGUUAGUGAAUUGUUUUAACAGAUAUCUCUUAGACUAUUGAGUUAUAUAAAGCUGUCUGCACACGUUAGUUUAAAAAUAAAAUAUUCGAUUUUU